UGGAGGGGAAGAAGUCCCCAAAGAUGCCGGAGCACAGUCCAGCUCCGACACCGCAUAGAGCGAUCUAUGGAUUUGCAUUUUACAUGCUCUUCACAGUGCUGUUCUUUAUAUACGUGGCGUGGGCUUAUUUGCCCGUGGAACUGGAACUUCAUUCGCAUUUGCCGGACAAGUAUUUUGCAGUAUUUGUGCCGAUACUGAUUUUAGUGGGUGCCUCCUUCGCCUUCAUCAUCUAUCCCGCCAUCAACCUGUCGUUGACGCCCAACAUUGAUUCCAUUUCAUCAGUUGUUGAUCUCAAAUUGGUGCUGCCAAAGGAAACACAGUUCACCUCCUGGUCGCAGCUCGAAUGUCAACGUCCAGAGCUUCCGGGUCAUCGGAAUACACCAAUAGCACCUCCAAUUCAAUGUAAUCUGUGCAAGAUUACGCACAGACCCAAAACCCGAUCGCCAAUUCCACCACUUAGAUUUUUAGACUUGCAAGAAGUAAACGCCACUUUUUAUAACUAACAAA